AUGUCUCUUUCCAAUACCGAUUUCCAAGAAGUAGAAAGACAACGAAGACGAGCACGAAAUGUUCGAGCGCUCAUCAAGCAUUAUCGUGUCCUUAUCAUUGGCCGCGCCAAUGCGGGAAAGACAACCAUCCUCCAGCGAGUUUGCAAUGCAACAGAACAGCCGAAAAUUUUCAAUCGGGAGGGUCAUGAGAUUGACUUGUCCGAGCUCAAUGCAACUGCAUGGGUGUGGCAGAGAGGGGAGCAUGACAUUGAGAAUGAAAUGAUAUUCGAGAGUAAUAGGGAAUUUGUCUUUCAUGACUCACAUGGCUUCGAAGCAGGCAGAACAUCUGAGCUGGAUAAAGUUAAGAACUUUAUACAAAAAUGUUCAACCAAAAAAAACAUCAGGGAUCAUCUGCAUGUAAUUUGGUACUGCAUCCCAAUCAAUGAUGAAGCCAGACCAAUUACAAGAGCAGAGUUAAAUUUCUUUGAUCAGUCAGGGACUGGUGGAGUCCCUGUUAUUGUCUUGUUUACAAAAGCAGACAUGCUUGAUGACCAAACAAUAAAACAAUUGGUUAAUGGUGGAAUGAGUAUUGAAGAUGCUGUAAUAAAAGCUCCAGAGGAAUCAAUUGCCAGGUUUCAAAACAGUUUUGCUUGGACAUUGUUUGAAAGAAAGAGAGAGUGGAGGGAGAUCAUUGAGAAUAUAUUGCAGUAUUUUCCACAUAUGAAAAAUUUUUUUGAUGUUUAUGUUGCUGAUUAUGUUGAUGUUGAUGAUGAUGCUGCUUUCAAUGGUGCUGUUUUUGAUCGUAAUCCUGAGAUUGCUGUGGAGGAUGUCCUCAGUUAUACAGACUGGCCUUUUAUUGACUAUACAAAAACCUCUAAGGACAUUGCCCUUCUAUGUAUUGCCACAGCUAUCAUCGCAGAGCACUCAUAUUUUCUAUGGAAUCAGAACCCUUCAGCAUCUUCUGCCCCCUUCAAAUCAGCCAUUCAAAAGUUCAACUUGGUUGCUGACAUAGCAAAAAUUGAAACUGCAAUUCAGGAGGCCUCUCAUCUUCAAAUGAAGGAUAAAAAACAUGCACUUGUAAAGAUUGCUCUAAAAAAUUGUCUUGUUUUAUAA